AUGAAGGAGAUUGAGUAUCCUGCCAAAGUAUCCAAACGACCCGCCCAGAAGAAGAAGGAAGAUCGGGAUGUUAAACUUCAGAUUAAGAAGCAGAUGAUACAACAAGAGCUUCUCAAAUCAAGUUCCAAACAGAGUCCACCCAUAGACAGUUCUCCUUUGUCCUGGACCUUGACCACCCCUGCUACAUCUUCUUCCUCAACUUUCCCAUCUACUUCAACAUCGACUACUUCGACAACUUUGACCACGACUACAACCACGACCUCAACAUCCACCUCUCCCUCUUCACCAAUUGAUUUGGACAAGGUUAGGUUUGCCAUCCGCAACUACUACUUCAAGACUCAUCAGGUAUCCCCUACUCAGCCCAAGGUCGCCAGCUUCAAGAUGAUUGCAGUCGAUCCCCAAGGAAGAUCAAAACGUGCAAAGACCAACCAUCCACCAUCAACAGAGGUAGCUGGCAUACCUCCACUUCCACCUGAGAGUCACCCUCCUCAAUCAUCAUCCUCAUCCUCGAGUACCCAAUCAAAGAAGAAGAGGAAGAAAGAAGAUAAUUAA